AUGAGUAGCCAAGGAGGAGCCAAGGACCCUCAGUCAGCCAAUCACAACUCGCGCCCACUGCCCUCUGUGCCCGAGGAGAGGAAGUCCAGGAACAAAAUCAUCUCAAUGUUUGCGUCUGAAAAAGGAGGCAGAAAGAAGGACCGCGACAAGGACAGACCAGAGAUCUCCUCCCCCUCAGAUUUUGAACACACGAUCCACGUGGGAUUUGACUCUGUCACUGGAGAGUUCACGGGCAUGCCAGAGCAGUGGGCUCGGCUCCUUCAAACCUCCAACAUCAGCAAAUCGGAGCAAAAACAAAAUCCUCAGGCCGUUCUGGACAUUCUCAAGUUCUACGACUCGACCAGUGGAAAGCAAAAGUAUCUGAGUUUCUCUGCCUCCGAUAAAGACUCGCCCUCGCCUGGAAAACAAGGCAGCGAUAAAACAUCAGGUAAAGAUGGAGAUGACGAUGAUGACGACGACACUCCUCCUCCAGUUGUGGCUCCGAGACCAGAACACACAAAAUCUAUGUACACAAGGUCCGUGAUAGACCCCAUCCCUGCUCCAGAGGACGCAAAAGCAGUCGACAGGAAGAAAAAUAAGGGAGGGAAGAUGACGGACGAGGAGAUCAUGGAGAAACUGCGUACAAUUGUUAGUAUUGGAGAUCCUAAGAAGAAAUACACCAAAUAUGAGAAGAUUGGACAGGGGGCAUCUGGCACAGUUUACACAGCUAUAGAUGUUGCCACUGGGCAGGAGGUGGCUAUCAAACAAAUCAAUUUACAAAAGCAACCAAAGAAAGAGUUGAUUAUAAACGAGAUUUUGGUGAUGAAGGAAAUGAAGAAUCCAAAUAUUGUCAACUUCUUAGACAGUUUCCUUGUAGGAGACGAGCUCUUUGUGAUAAUGGAGUAUUUGGCCGGAGGAUCGCUCACUGAUGUUGUGACUGAGACGUGCAUGGAUGAGGCGCAGAUAGCAGCCGUUUGCCGAGAGGUCAUCCAAGCGCUAGAGUUUCUCCACGCAAACCAAGUCAUCCACAGAGAUAUCAAGAGUGACAAUGUGCUGCUGGGAAUGGACGGAUCUGUCAAACUAACUGAUUUUGGCUUCUGCGCCCAGAUCACUCCAGAACAGAGCAAACGCAGCACGAUGGUGGGGACCCCGUACUGGAUGGCCCCCGAGGUGGUUACCAGAAAAGCCUACGGCCCCAAAGUGGACAUCUGGUCCCUGGGAAUUAUGGCCAUAGAGAUGGUGGAAGGGGAGCCCCCAUAUCUCAAUGAAAACCCCCUCAGAGCUUUGUAUCUAAUUGCAACCAAUGGGACCCCAGAACUUCAGAGUCCAGAGAAGCUAUCGCCUGUUUUCAGAUCGUUUUUGUCUCGCUGCCUGGAGAUGGAUGUGGACAAGCGAGAUUCAGGACGAGAACUACUGCAGCAUCCAUUUCUGAAGCUGGCCAAGCCUUUGUCCAGCCUUACUCCGCUCAUCUUGGCCGCCAAAGAAGCUAUGAGGAGCAACCGCUAA